AUGGAGCCUCAAAACCGCCCAAUCGGAGAGUUUGAUUCACUAGACAUCUUCUUCACAAAACGCCAACCUAUAUGCCCUUUACCACCUACUGGAGAGUUCAAGAUAAGCUCUAAACUCAUUGCUUUGGUGGAGCAGCAUCAGUUUCGUGGCCUAGAGGAAGAGCAGCCCAUUGAUCAUAUUGAGAAGUUUGAAGAAAUCUGCGCUACAAGGAGAUAUAGUGGAGUUUCUGAGGAUUACUUGAAGUGUACUUUAUUCUCUUUCUCUUUGAUUGAGAAGGCAUACAAAUGGAUGAGAGGCUCUUCCAGCAGGAUCAAUCACUACUUGGGAUGA